AUGGCUGAAUCGGGAGAAAGCGAAGAUAAAAUCACAUUUCUAAGUAAGAAUGUUCCUCCAGACGUGUCGGUGUGUGCCUCUGUGCUGGUCCAGUGUCUGUCUGUCAGAGCUCUGCAGGAGAUGUUGGCUAACAGGGAGGACCAACAGCUUGGGUCUUAUGUUGUGCAGGCUGGACAGGGAGGUGGUUAUCGCAUCGCCCUCUACGAUCAUGCUGCACUGUUCCUACACUCCUACAGCAGGAUGUAUCGUUGUUUGUCCACAUCCCAGUCUUUGACAGAUAAGCUAGCAUUUGAUGUUGGCCUGCAGGAUGAUAAAACAAGUGAGGCAUGUUGGUGGACUAUUCACCCUACCUCCAAGAAGAGGUCAGAGGAGGAGAAGGUCCAUGCCGGGGACGAGCUCAUACUGGUCAGUGUGUCAUGA